AGAAGCUCCCAGUCAGCGUUCGCUUGGCCGCCCUGGAAGAGGCCGCGCGCCUGUCCCCCCCUCCCCUGAGCUGCUCCUUUUCCUGCUUCACGACAAUCAUGUCAUUGAGAGCAUGUGGCUUGAUUAUCUUCAGGAAGCUGCGUGAGAAAUCGUCUGCUUCCGCUGCUGGGAACAACAUUGAGUACCUUCUCCUGCAGACAUCCUAUGGGUCUCAUCACUGGACCCCUCCGAAAGGCCACGUUGAUCCUGGGGAAGAUGACUUGCAGACUGCCCUCCGGGAGACGCAGGAGGAGGCUGGGCUGGACUCCACUCAGUUCACCAUCAUUGAUGGGUUUAAAAAGGAGCUGAACUACACAGUGAAUGGCAAAGCCAAAACCGUCAUCUACUGGCUGGCUGAAAUGAAGGACAGCAACACGGAGGUCAAGCUCUCAUCGGAGCACCAGGCCUUUUGCUGGCUGACCCUCAAUGACGCUUGCAGGCUUGCAGAGUUCAAGGAAAUGCAAAGUGCCUUUAGGGAGGCACACAACUUUCUCUGCUCCAAAGGCUGAAUGCUCCAGGGGAUGCAGGAGUGGGGUUUUGUUUUUUUUAACUGAAAGUUUAACUG